AUGUUGAAGUUUAAAUACAUGAGCCAGGGAAAUCAGAAAAGUAUGCGGACCUCUUCUGAGCCGAUCACUAUCCGCAGCUCGAGACUCAACCAGCUGUUUCAGGGUCGAAUCAGCUUGAGUGGACAGGAGGGAAGAUGCUUCUUAAAUCGGGAAGAGUUUAUAGAUUCUCUGCUGUUAUUGUACCAAGAAUGCAAGUCCACUGAGCUCAUGAAGAUAAACCAUGUGGCCAAUUUUGUCAGCAAGUUUUCUGAGGUACUCUCUGAGCUCCAGGCCUUGCUGCCCAGCCUUCAUGACUUUGAGGUGCGUGCUGUGGUGGGCCACGGUCGCUUUGGCAAGGUACAAGUGGUACGGGAGAAGGCAACAGGGGAUUUUUGUGCCCUGAAAGUAAUGGAAAAGAAUGUUUUACGCACUCAAGAAAAUAUGGUUUUUCAUGAAGAGGAGCGAAAAAUUCUGUCUUUGAAUUGCAGUCCCUGGAUCCCACAGCUCUUUUGUGCUUUCCAGGAUGAGGAUAACGUCUAUCUGGCAAUGGAAUACUUGCCAGGUGGCGACCUUCUGUCUCUACUCAACCGAUAUGAGGAACAUUUUGACGAGUCCAUGGCUCAGUUCUAUUUGGCUGAGCUAGUAGAGGCCAUUCAUGCUGUCCACCAGCUGGGCUAUGUCCACAGAGAUGUCAAGCCUGAGAACAUUCUCAUUGAUCGGACUGGGCACAUUAAGUUGGCUGACUUUGGAUCUGCUGCCAGGCUCACAGCUAACAAAACUGUGGCUGCUCCCGCAGUGCCUGUGGGAACCCAAGACUUUCUCUCCCCCGAAGUCUUGGCAGCCAUGAACGGGGGCCCUCAAAGCACCUACGGUAUCGAGUGUGACUGGUGGUCCCUUGGGGUCACAGCAUAUGACAUGAUCUAUUCCAGGUUGCCUUUUUCUGAUGGCACUCCAACAAGGACCAUCCACAACAUUCUUAACUUCCAGACUUUUCUGAAGAUUCCAGAGGAACCGCGAGCCAGUAAACAGUUUGUUGACCUUGUGCUUAAUUUGCUGUGUGGAACUAAGGAACGUCUAGGAUUCCAGGAACUCAGAUGCCACUCGUUUUUUUCCAGUGUAGACUGGAACAACUUACGCCAGGUUCUUCCACCUUUUGUUCCUGCAUUGCAUGCAGAAGAUGACACCUCUAAUUUUGAGGAGCCGGAUCAGGCAGCCCCUCGGCCAGCCUCGGCAUCCAAGCGAGGAGCUCCCCCUGUGGGCUUCCAGGGCAAGGAUCUCCCCUUUCUAGGAUGGUUUUUCAGCAGAGCGCUGACAACAUUGGCCAAAUCUGAGGCAGCUUCUGCAGGCCUCAACUCUCCUGCUAAGACCAACUCCAUGGAAAAGAAGCUCUACCUUAAAAGCAAGGAAUUACAAGACACCCAAGACAAAUGUCACAAGAUGGAGCAGGAGAUCUCCAGGUUCCAACGCAAAAUGAAUGAUCUAGAGUCAGUUCUUCACCAGAAAGACGUAGAGCUGAAGGCCUCCGAGACUCAAAGGAGCAUCCUUGAGCAAGACCUCGCCACCUACAUUACAGAGUGCAGCAGCCUUAAGCGGAGCCUCGAGGAGGCGCGUGUGGAAGUCUCCAGAGAAGAUGACAAGGCUAUGCAGCUGCUGCACGACAUCCGUGAACAGAGCAACAAGCUGCAGGAAAUUAAAGAGCAAGAGUACCAUGCCCAGCUGGAAGAGAUGCAAGUGACCAUCAGGCAGCUCGAGGAGGACUUGUCAGCCGCCCGCCGCCGCAGUGACCUCUAUGAAUCUGAACUUAGAGACUCAAGACAAACCAGUGAGGAACUCAAACGAAAGGCUGUGGAAUACCAGCAGAGAAUUCAAAAGGCCAAAGAGCAGGGAAAAGCAGAUGUUGAAGAGCUUCUCUCCAAACUGGAAAAGACAAAUGCUGAGCAACAGGUCAAAAUCCAAGAGCUCCAGGACAAACUGUCAAAGGCAGUGAAAGCCAGCACAGAAGCUACUGAACUGCUGCAAAAUGUCAGACAGGCCAAAGAAAGACUGGAAAGAGACCUGGAACGCUUGCGAGGCAAAAGUGACUCCAGUGACACACUCAAACGACGCCUGAGAGAGACAGAGCAGGAGGGCAGGAAGACCCUGGAGAACCAGGUUAAGAGGCUGGAGAUGGUUGAACGCAGGGAGAAUAAGCUGAAAGAUGACAUUCAGACCAAAUCCCAGCAGAUCCAGCAGAUGGCUGAAAAGAUCCUGGAACUAGAGGACCACUUGAGGGAUGCCCAGUCUACAGCUCAGAGGAUGGAAACUCAGCUUGUUCAAAAGGAGAGACUUUAUGAAGAUAAAAUUAAGGUUCUGGAAGCCCAAAUGAAGGUGGACCUGGCCGACAAAGAAAGCCUCGAGGCCAGAAGAGCACAGCAGGAGGAGGAGUCAAGAGAGAACUCCAAACUCAUCAGCGAGCAGAAAGCAACCAUUAACGCCAUGGAUUCAAAGAUGAAGAAUUUGGAGCAGCGCAUUGCCGAGCUGUCAGAGGCUAACAAGCUGGCUGCUAACAGCAGCAUUUACACCCAGAAAAAUAUGAAAGCCCAAGAGGAAAUGAUCUCAGAGCUACGACAGCAAAAGUUCUACUUGGAGUCCCAAGCUGGCAAGCUCGAGGCUCAAAAUGCCAAAUUGGAGGAACAUCUAGAAAAAAUCAGUCAGCAGGAGCAGACCAAGAGGACCCGUCUUUUGGAGUUGGAGAGUAGGCUGCGGGAGAUGGGUUUGGAGCAUGAAGAGGAAAAGCUGGAGAUCAAGAGACAGGUGUCAGAGUUGACCCUCUCUCUGCAGGAGCGCGAGUCCCAGAUAAGCAGCCUGCAGGCAGCUCGACUUGCCUUAGAGAGUCAGCUGCAGCAAGCCAAGACAGAGUUGGAGGAGACAACUGCAGAGGCUGAGGAGGAAAUUACCGCCUUGAGGAAUCACAGAGAUGAAAUCCAACAGAAGUUUGAUGCCCUUAGAGACAGCUGUUCUGUAAUCACAGACUUGGAGGAGCAGCUUACCCAGUUAAGUCAAGAGAAUGCAGAGUUAAACCGCCAGAAUUUCUACCUGUCCAAGCAGUUGGAUGAAGCCUCAGAUGAGAGGGAGGACCAACUACAGCUGAGCCAGGAGGUGGACCGUCUGAGGAGAGAAGUGGCAGACCGUGAAAUGCAUCUCAACAAUCAAAAACAAAACAUUGAGACACUGAAGACCACAUGCAGCAUGCUGGAAGAGCAGGUGGUGGAGUUAGAGUCCCUGAAUGAUGAGCUGCUGGAGAAAGAGAGGCAGUGGGAGGCUUGGAGAGGGGCUUUGGAGGAUGAAAAGAGCCAAGCCGAGAGACGAGCCAGGGAACUUCAGCGACUGCUGGAUAAUGAAAAGCAAAACAGGCUGCGGGCAGACCAGCGAAGCACAGAAUCGCGCCAAGCAGUGGAACUAGCAGUCAAAGAGCAUAAGGCUGAGAUAUUGGCCCUGCAGCAGGCCUUGAAGGAGCAAAGACUCAAAGCUGAAAGUCUGUCUGAUACCCUCAAUGAUCUGGAGAAGAAACAUGCCAUGCUAGAGAUGAACGCUCGCAGCUUGCAGCAGAAAUUGGAGACUGAAAGGGAGUUGAAACAGAGGCUGAUGGAAGAGCAAGGGAAGCUGCAACAGCAGAUGGAUCUGCAAAAGAGCCAUAUUUUCCGUCUUACACAGGGCCUACAGGAUGCACUGGACCAGACUGAUAUGCUCAAAACUGAGAGGACCGAUUUGGAGUACCAGCUGGAAAAUAUACAGGCUGUAUAUUCUCAUGAGAAGGUAAAGAUGGAAGGUACCAUCUCCCAGCAGACCAAACUCAUUGAUUUCCUACAGGCCAAAAUGGACCAACCCACAAAGAAAAAGAAGGGUAUUUUUGGGCGACGGCGUGAAGAUGUUGGCACUACAACCAAUGGGGCAUUGACUCCUCAAUCCCAACCCGCAGUUCCCUUGCAGUACAGUGACAUGAAGCUCGCUUUGGAAAAGGAGCGCUCCAGAUGUGGAGAGUUGGAAGAAGCUCUUCAAAAGAUGAGAAUAGAGCUACGAUCGCUAAGGGAAGAGGCCGCUCAUUUCAAAGCACAGGAUCACCUGACUACCUCCACUCCAGCCCAGGCUCGCCAUCAAAUCCUCAUGUCAGCCAUUGUGAAGUCCCCAGAGCAUCAACCCAACCCUUGUGGGCUGCUUAACCCCUCAACCCGAUCCAAGGAGACUUCCACACCUGAAGAAAAGAGGAGGGUCACCUUUGAAAAGUUUGGUCGUCGUGUGAAAGAAAGAAUGCACCAUAACAUUCCCCAUCGCUUCACCGUGGGUCUUAACAUGAGGGCUGCCAAAUGUGCCGUCUGUCUGGACACAGUGCAUUUUGGACGCCAGGCUGCCACUUGUCUAGAGUGCCACACCCUCUGUCAUCCCAAAUGCUCACCAUGCCUUCCAGCUACUUGUGGCCUGCCAGCUCAGUAUGCCACCCACUUUUCUGAGGCUUUAUGCCGAGAGAAAGCAGGCUCCCCUGGACUACAGGUGAAGGAGGCCAGUGGGCACGUUCGCUUGGAGGGAUGGAUGAAGCAGCCAAGAAAUGGCAAGCGCGGUCAGCAGGGCUGGGAGACAAAGUAUGUGGUUCUUGAUGGAACCAAAUUAUCAAUCUAUGAUUCAGAGCCCAGAGAAGACUGUGUAAAUGCAGAAGAGGAGUUUGAGCUCUGUCUACCUGAUGGAGAGGUGACUGUUCAUGGAGCUGUUGGAGCAUCUGAGCUCAUCAACACUGCAAAGUCAGACAUCCCUUACAUUCUGAAGCUGGAGUCGCAUCCCCAUACUACUUGUUGGCCAGGCCAGUCCCUUUACUUCAUGGCUCCCAGUUUCCCAGACAAACAGCGCUGGGUGGCUGUACUGGAGUCUGUGGUGGUUGGUAGCCGUGGAUCUAAGGACAAAGGGGAUUCAGAUGCUGCAGGUGUUUCUAAAAGACAGAAGAACCUAUCACCCCUGGUUCAGAAACUUCUGGGCAACUCUUUGCUGAAGCUGGAAGGUGACGACCGCUUGGAUAUCAACUGCACUCUGCCUCUCACUGACCAGAUCGUGCUGGUCGGCUCAGAGGAGGGCUUGUAUGCACUGAACGUCAUAAAGAACUCCUUAACCCACAUUCCAGGCCUGACUUCCGUGUUCCAGAUUCAGGUCCUAAGGGAGCUUGAUAAGCUGUUGAUGAUCACUGGAGAGGAUCGGGCUCUGUGUUUAGUGGAGAUCAAGAAGGUGAAACAGUCUUUGUCGCAGUCCCAUCUCCCAGCUCCACCUGACCUGAACCCUUUCAUCUUCGAGACAGUGAAGGGUUGCCACCUCUUCUCCUCUGGAAAGAUUGACAAUGGGAUCUGUAUAUGUGCUGCUAUGCCCAAUAAGAUUACAAUCCUGCGACUCAAUGAAAGUCUCAAUAAGUUCUGUAUCAGAAAGGAAAUUGAGACCUCAGAGCCCUGCAGCUGCAUCCACUUCACUGGCUAUAGCAUUAUCAUUGGCACAAACAAAUUCUAUGAAAUUGAAAUGAAGCAAUAUGUGCUCGAAGAGUUCUUGGAUAAAAAUGACGUCACGCUAGCGUCAGCUGUGUUCUCUGCAUCCUCCCACAGUUUCCCCAUCUCCAUCAUUCAGGUCACCACAGCUCCUCAGAAGGAGGAAUACCUGCUCUGUUUCCAUGAGUUUGGCGUGUUUGUGGAUGCUUACGGUCGCAGGAGUAGAACUGAUGAUAUCAAAUGGAGCCGCCUGCCUCUAUCAUUUGCCUAUAGAGAGCCAUAUUUGUUUGUGACCUACUUCAACUCUCUGGAUGUGAUUGAGAUUCAAGGACAUUCUGCAUUAGGGUCCCACUCAUACGCCCAUCUGGAUAUCCCAAACCCACGCUACCUUGGUCCAGCCAUCUCCUCGGGUGCCAUUUACUUGGCUUCAUCAUAUCAGAACAAAUUGCGGGUAAUUUGCUGUAAGGGCAACCUGAUUCAGAACCAGGAUGGUGGAGGAGACUUGCAACAUUGUGGCUCAGGACGCAGUCCGAACAAACGUGGACCUCCUUCCUACAACGAGCACAUCUCCAAAAGGCUGGCAGCUAAUCCUCUUGUCCAUGGGGAGAGCGGAACACCUCACCACUACCGAGAAGCCCGCACCGAGUUUCGGCGUGACAAAUCCCCCAGCCGUCCUUUGGAGAGAGAGAAGUCUCCUGGCAGGAUGCUGGAGAACCGGAUAGUUGCGUCUCCCGGCAGAGCCAUGGCCGAUCCUCGGUUAGACCGCUCCCCUGCCAGGGCCAUGGCGGAUCCCCGAAUGGAUCGUUCCCCAGGACGCGUCAUGGAUGUUCGCAGGGAGAGGUCUCCAGGUCGUUUCGAGGAACGGCAGAGGCUUCAUACUGGCUCUGGGCGCACACCUAUAAACCCUGUUGCAAAGGUAUGGGACCAGUCGUCUGUUUAA